GAGAGGUGAUUUUAUUUUUUCUUGAAGAGUUUUGUGCUUCAAAUUAUUAUUAUGAAAAAAAAGUGAAACUCUUUUUAGAAAAGAAAAAAUUAUGAAUCAACUGUGAAGAUUUCGUUGUUAUAAGAAAAGUGAUGUGAAAAAAAAAGAUUGAAUAAACUCGCAAGUGCUAAACGAGAAAAUGCUUUGAUGAUCAUCACAUAGAAAUGUGCGUGUGAGAAUUAGUCUGAGGAAGAAAUUGUCAACGUAUCGAAUGUGUUUAUAGAAAAAUAAAAUAAAAAAAUAAAUAGAAGUGAAAAAAAAGAGAUGAAAAAUUGGGAGCACUUACAAAUCAUCAUAAGAAUUAUGUAGCUGUGAAAAUAUUAACAGAAAUAAAAUUUAUUUUAGUUUAAUCAUUUGAUGAGACAUUUAAGAUUUUUUCCUCUUCGUAAGCACAAGAAGCUGCUCAGUCGUUGACGCACAAGACGGAAAUUUAUUUCGCAAAAGAAAAAUUAUUUUAUUAUAUUUUAAUGAUGAUGUUGAUGAGUCAGUGAAGAAAUUAAUAAGAUGCACAACUGCAAACGGAUGGAAAUUUACAUUACUAUAUUAGCAAUUCUCCUUUGUGCUGUUCAUGCACUAGAGCCGCCAAAAAUUAUUGAGCAUCCAAUGGAUGCAGUCGUGCCGAAACAUGAUCCCGUAACAUUGAAGUGCAAGGCUGAAGGUUCCCCGUCGCCCGUCAUUGAAUGGUAUAAAGACGGUUAUCCAUUAAAAAUAGAACCGGGAUCACAUCAAAUGUUUCUUCCAACUGGUGACUUGUUCUUCCUUAAAGUCGUUCAUUCACGUCGUGAGAGUGAUGCUGGCGUUUAUUGGUGUGAGGCGAAAAAUGAACUUGGUGUGGCAAAAAGUCGUAAUGCGACAUUACAGGUUGCCGUUCUUCGAGAUGAAUUUCGUCUCGAUCCGCAAAAUACUCGAGUUGCUCAAGGUGAAACGGCAAUGCUAGAAUGCGGUCCGCCAAAGGGAAGUCCUGAGCCGAUUAUAUCGUGGAGAAAGAAUGGACAAACAAUGGAUUUGACUGGCUCGAAAAGAGUUCGCAUUGUGGACGGCGGCAAUUUAUUAAUACAAGAUGCUCGACAAUCGGAUGAUGGUCGAUAUCAGUGCAUUGCAAAGAACAUUGUUGGAGUGCGAGAAUCGACAAUUGCCUUCCUAAAAGUUCAUGUCAAGCCAUUCCUAAUCCGUGGACCUCAAAAUCAAACAGCAGUCACCGGCAGUUCUGUCAUAUUUCAAUGUCGUGUGGGCGGUGAGCCAUUACCUGAUGUUUUAUGGCGUCGUACGGCAUCAGGUGGAAACAUGCCUUUAGGUCGAGUUCACAUACUUGAAGAUAGAAGUUUGAAAAUUGAUAACAUUACUAUGGACGAUAUUGGAGAGUAUAGUUGUGAGGCAGACAAUGCUGUUGGUACGAUUGUGGCCAGUGGAAUGCUGCUUGUUUAUUCACCACCAUCAUUCACACUACGUCCAAAGUCACAAAUUGGAGAACUAGGAAGUGAAGUCAUUUUUGAAUGUCAAGCGACCGGAUAUCCAGAGCCAACUUUAUUCUGGACAAUCGAAGGUAAUCGAUCGCUCAUCUUACCAGGAAUGAAGCUUAAAAAAAGUGAAGCAACAUUAACAGCCGAUGGAGGCAGUCUUUUAUCAAUUAAUGAGAUUGACAGAAGUGAUAAUGGAAAGGUUGUUGUGUGCAGUGCUGUAAAUAGUGUUGGAAGUGUCAGCACAAGAGUUGUUUUGUCAGUUAAUCUUCAAGAUGAUUCACCACCUCCACAAAUCAUUCAAGGACCUGUGAAUCAAACAUUACCGAUUAAAUCUGUUGCAUCGUUGCCAUGUCGAGCUAUUGGAACACCAAAGCCAGUUAUAAGCUGGUAUAAGGAUGGAAUUCCAGUUGCUCAAUCUGAUAAAAUUACAAUUGAGGACAAUGGAUUGCUGACAAUAACAGAAUUGAAUAAAAAUGACGAUAUUGGACUUUAUACGUGCGUAGCAAGCAGCAAAAGUGGAAAAUCAACAUGGAGUGGGUUCCUGAAAAUUGAAAAUCCAACAAAUCCAAAUAUCAAGUUCUUCCGAGCACCUGAACUAUCGACGUUCCCCGGCCAACCAGGCAAGCCACAAAUAAUUGAAAAGACUGACACAAGCAUAACAUUAUCAUGGAUCCGAAGCAAUGCAAUUGGUGCUUCCAGCUUACUCGGAUACACGCUCGAAAUGUUUGCCAGAAACUCGACAGAUGGUUGGGUGCAAGUUGCCAAUCGAAUACAAAAUACAACGUACAAAAUUAUUGGAUUAACGAGCGGUGCUUCUUAUUAUUUUGCUGUACGUGCUGAAAAUUCUCAUGGCGUUUCAGGACCGAGUCAAUUGUCGGAACCAAUUACAAUUGGAGUGGAUGAAAUGAAUACAGAUUUGGAUCUAAGUGAGGCACGAGCAAGUCUACUGUCGGGAGAUGUUGUUGAGCUAAUUAAUGCCACAUCUGUUGAUUCAACAAGUAUGAAAUUAUUGUGGGAGAUAAUAAAUGGAAAAUAUGUUGAAGGAUUUUACAUUUAUGCGCGCAACAUCGAUGAUAGUAAUGAACAUCAACCAUCAUCAUACAAAAUGCUGACUGUUUUAAAUGCAGGCAGUGGAGCAUCAUCAUGUAAAAUUAGCGGAUUACAGAAAUUUACCACGUAUGAAUUUUUUAUUGUGCCUUUCUACAAGGCUGUUGAAGGCAAACCAUCAAAUUCACGAACAGCUCGAACGCUUGAGGAUGUUCCAAGUGAGCCGCCAUCAAAUAUGGAAGCAAAAUUGCUCAACGAAUCGACAGUUUACAUUAAAUGGAGAGCACCACCUGCCAAAUUUUAUAAUGGUGUACUAAAAUCUUACAAUGUGAUUGUACGUGGCGUGAAUAUUUAUGAGAAUAUCUCCAAAAUUCUCACAAACAUAACAAUUGACUCAGCGAGCUCAUCAAUAAUGCUAGCAAAUUUAACGGAAGGUGUUACGUAUACCGUGAGUGUUGCGGCCAUCAAUCGAAUUGGUAUAGGACCUUACAGCACACCGGCAAUUUUACGACUUGAUCCAAUUACAAAACGACUCGAUACAUCGUUUACUUAUCGUUUCCCAUUAAAUAAUGAUCACAUGGAUGACUUUCUCACACAACCUUGGUUCAUCAUACUCUUGGGAACAAUUUUAGUCAUUAUGAUGCUAUCGUUUGGCAUCAUGGUGUUCAUAAAACGAAAGCAUAUGCUCAUGAAGCAAUCUGCAUUCAAUGGUCUCGCAGGACCAGCAGCUGGUGGUGCUGUAAAAAUACAAAAUGUGCCUGGAGGCAACGAUGGGUAUUGGUUAGAUCCAUCCGGAAUCAUAUGGCGUUCAAAUCCUCGAUCGAAGGGGAGUCUUAUUGCAGAUUAUGCUCCAGUUUGUACGUCAACAACAACAACGACACUUCCGGUCGAUGAAGAAUCGACUGCGAGAGCUCGAUUCAUGGGAGAAUACACAGACUAUCCGGCAGAUUAUGCUGAAGUGUCAUCAUAUCAAAGUGGCCAGCAAUCGCCUGCUCCAUAUGCUACAACAACAUUAAUUGGCAGCUCAAAACUCGCUUCAAAUGAUUCACAUCGUUUCAACAAUAUGUUUUACAAAACAGACAUCUAUCCAAAUGCUGCAAAUGCUGUUGCUAUGAUGCAAAAUGGCAAUAAUAAUAACAACAACAGCAAUACUAAUAAUUACAAUAGAAGUAUACAUUCAGAAUCAUAUUGCAAUAAUAAUAAUAAUAGUAAUAAUAAAAUAAAUAUUGUUGAGAAUCGCAUGGCCAACACAAUGAUGCCAAAUAUGUUUAAUCAGCACCAACCGAAUGGCAUUAAAAUGUCCUCAAACAAACGCAAUCGACUGAAGCUGAUGAAGCCGCAAAGCAUACGAAAUUAUUUUAGUAAUAGUCCAAAUGAGCAGUUGUAUGUGAAAGUUGGUGAAAUAAAUCAAAUUGGUCCACAUUCGAAUUCAUCACAACAAUCACAUACGCCGCAGUCGACACAGAGUGGCUCCAUAAAUUGGAGUCAACAUAAUUUUAAUAUUUAUGAGAAUCAAUUGCAUAAUCAUAUGAAUGGAAGCGCUACAAUGACUAAUGAACCUGAUCGUAAUGAUGUUGAUGACGACGAUGAUAAUAAAGAAUUUAUUUAUGAUGGAAAUCAUAGUAUAAUGAGCUACAUGAGCUCAAAAGAUUUUCCUGAGAAUGUGUAGAAUGAAAAGGAUUGUGCGGAGAAGAAAGGAAACUUGGAGAGAACCUGAACAAAAUGUGAAAGGGAAUUAAAUUGUUGAGUGAAUUUUUUUGCAUGGAAAAUUGGGUCAUGGAGUCGGUUUUGUUGACUGUUGUGGCCGUUGCUGAGGAGAAUAAUUGGCUUAUGGACAGAAAAAACUGCGUGCAUGUGCCAUGGAGAUUUAGAAGAGUUCAUAAUAAUACACAUAAAGUCAUCCAUGCAACAAAUGCGCUCAAAUAUUAAUUCAUCCCAACAAGCAUCUUCCUUACCUAUUAUGUGUCUUAGUGACUUAAAUGAGAAGCAACAAAACUUUUAAUCUCCACGUCAAUAUGUAUGUAGAGUUGAGAAAGAAGAAAAAAAAAACACAGCAAAAGGAGCUUAACAACAUAAAAAAGCUUUUUUUCAUUUCUUUCAUUUAUUUCUGUUGCCAUUUUUUUUUCUUCUACUUCUUUUCUCAUUCUAUAGAAACCUAAUUAAUGUAAUUCGACACUAAUUAUUUCCCCCACUCCCCCGUUUCCAUCCACAUUUUAAAUGGCUUUGUUCUUGAUUUUUCCUUGUGCUUGUUCAACCACAGUGAAUGAAUGCAAGCACAAUGCGUUCUUUAUGUUCAUUUCUGAUACUAUAAAUAUUUUAUAAAAAUGCUAUAAGCGGGAUGCAUUAUCUACUGAGAUGUUGCUUCAGCGUGCUUUCGCAAUUGAAAUCUCAUUAAAUAAAAAGAAAAUUGAAAUAAUAAUCAUGAUGAGGAAAAUAUUGCUGUUUCUGAAUAAUGGAGAAUUAUGGACAUUGAGAAGAGAUUUGCUGAUGAAUUGUGGAAUCUAUGAGGUGGAGGGGAAAUUAUUCAAUGCUAAUUAAAGAGCGUUUUCAUAAAGUUAAAUCUGGAAAUGGCUUUUAAUUUGUUUUCAAGGAGAGAUGAUGCAAUGAAAUUGUGGCAAAUAAAGCUAUAUGGUAAAGGGACGAUAUCAGAGGUUUACCUCUUACAUCUGGAUUUACUCAGAUCGUUCUACGAAAGUGUCGAAAAACCAAAGUACAACGUUAAAGUAAAUUUUCUGGUAUUUCUCAAAAAUAUGGAGUUUAGUCAUGCUCAGGCCAAUUUUGCAGUUACAAACUUCAGACCCCCCUCCAACUUCUGUGUGUCAUUUAUGAACAGCCCUUGAAUAAAAAUCCUUUAUCGACACCAAUUUAAGACUAGUGACAAAUCUAGUACAGAAGUAAGCACAGGCGCGUAGCCCCCUUUGAGAAGGCGCGUGAUAACAGAACUUUCUACAUUUUGCUAGGGUUUUCAUAAAAAUUACUACAAAUCCCAAACUCCCGCAUAAAUUUUCCAUAUAAAAAAUUGCUCCCUCCCACUAUUGCUGACUAUUCCCUUUGGGUAGACAACCUUUUUUGUGCCAAGGCACAUUUUUGUUGGUAGCAAGCCAUAACCAAAACCAAGUUUGUAAGAUUUCUCGAUUUUUCAAACUAGUGUGCCGCAACACAUAGGUAGUUCACUAGGCUUGUGUCCAAAACCCAGAUUGCUAAUCACUGCUCUAAAACUUUAAUUUUUCCAUCAAAACGGAUGCCAAUGACCAAGAAAAAUCAACAAAAAACUGCUUCACAUUUCUGCAUCAUAAAUUAUCUCUCAGAAAAAUCACUUUGAACUUCCGAAUUCACAGCAAAAAAAAAAGUCACAACCUCUCUGUCACCAACAAUAAUAUUUAUUUCAUCUUCUACAUACGACAAAAAAGAAUCAAAUAGAAUCUUAGAGUUUCACAACUAAGUAAAAGCAAACCGAAACUCACUCAAACGCUAUUAACGCAACUCCAUCUUAUCAAUUAUUUUCUAAAAGUGAUUUAUGAGACAUAUUAAUUACUCAAUAAAUCAUAUGAAUAUAUACAUAGUGACAAGAGGAAAUAAGGGUCGAUAAGUUGAAAUUUUUUUCUACAAAAAAUGAAACUAUUUGUAAAUAGAAUAUGUGAAAUUUAUUAAAAGUGAAGCGAAUGUCGUAGAAAAAAAAUAUUUAAAAAAUUAAUCAAUUUGAUCAUUUUCAUGUCUUUUUUAUUAUUGAAAAAAAUUGCUCAAUUUCUAGUCGAGAAAUUCAUAAAAUGAGUGCUCAUUGGCUUACAAGCAUAUUAUUUUUAUUUUUUAAAAAAAAGUAAAUAUCAAAAACUGAUGGCAGCAAAUGUCACAUAAAUUAUUCUAUACACAGAUAAAGAGCGUUAAUUGAAUUUUAACUGAAUGAAUGAAUGUGAAUGUGCGACACAGAAAGUGAGAAUGAAUGAAUUAAAAAUUAAAAUAUAAAAAAAAUGAUGUAAAAUGGAAUUUUUUAUUACAGUGAAUUUAAAAUUAUUAUUGGGUUGAUGAAGAGUAAAUGAUGAAAAAUUAAUUAAAAAUGGUUAUUUGAUGAAUUAAUGGAAGUAAUGUAUGGAAUAAAUUUUCGAAAUGGCUUUGUUGAUAAUUGUUGAAAGAGUUUUUGGAAUUAAUGGUCGAAUUGAAAAAGGGUUUUUU